GACCGGGUCAAGACCGGACUGUAUCCAAUCCAAUCUUUAGUAUUUAUAUUUUUCAAAAAGACCGGACUAGACCAGAUCAAUUUAGACCAAUUUAACUGGACCGGACCGUAUAGCCAACCCUACCUACAGUGACGAAUGACGAUGCUUAGAAAAAAAAGGGCCGGCGGGGACGCGUGCCCUUUGGGCGACAGCAGGAGCCACCGGAGAGUCGGUCGGCGUAUCAACGUCCGCCGCGUCCUCUCAGUUCACCGGAAUUUGCUUAAAGGCUAGUUAACUAGCCGCUAAUGUCAAUCAAAAGGGUGAUUAGUUAGGAAAGUUGUCAUUAUCAGUAAACUGGCUGUCACGUUGGUAAGGUAAAGGGACAAUGAUGGCGAUUAAUCAUCCCUCCGACCGAUUAUUCUCCCCUCCACACGCAAUCUCUCUCUACAUCUGAUCUAACCACCACUUUUUUUUCCUUCCCUUUGCGAUCAUUUCCGCCACCAAAUUUAUACGGUACAACCUGGUUGAACCAAAUGGUAUAUAUAUAGUACAUUCUUCUCAAUGGAUGUUGAUGUUGAAUAAUAAAUUAUUUUUUUUCUAUAAGAGUGAUAUAUUGACUUUUUUUUAUUAGUUCCUAUUUAUAAAAAGAUAUAUGCGAGCUUACACUAUUUAUCGAUCUCUAUGUGAUAGUGUAUGCCACUCGCUCACUCAAUCAAACUCAUCACUAAAUGCAAAAUCAAGUCAAUAUAACUGCUACUUUCAAAAAAAAAAGUCAAUAUUUAUAUGAUUGGUUUCAUUUGAUUUGCAUUAGAAAAAGUUCUAUUGUAUCCUCCAUAGACACGAACACGUUAAAAAAUGUAACAUUAUUUCGUUGUAAACGGAGAAAAGUUCCUUAAUUUUCACCAUCAAAUAAUUUGUUUCGGCCAUGCGUUUAAAUUUGAACUUCAAUUCUUUUUUUUUUUUUACAAAAAGAUUACAUCGACAAUAAUCUAAACAAUCCGGUAAAAAAAAAAAGACAAUAAUCUACACAAUGAAAUUCAUUUGGUGUAUUUUAAAAUUCAGAAAUUGAUACUAUUUGAAAUGCUACAAGUACGUGAACAAAUCUCAAUGUGUUGCACGAAUAGCAAUUACCAUGAAUAACCACAUAUACCCAAUCAUAUAAAUAAACACCAAAACUAUGUGAAUUGGUAUCACUUCUAGAAACCAACCGUACUCUUUGCAUAAUUGCAUUAUUAUUCAUGAAAAAAAAAAAAAAAAGCACGACCCAAGAGUAGCUUGGAGUCAAGACAAUGAUACCCAAUCAUAUGUCGACACAAUAGCCUCAUGGAGUGGACGAUUUUUUUUUUCUUACAUCACUCCAAUAAAAAUUGAAUAUAUAAUAAAAAAAAAAACAGGAAAAAAAAAUAUCGAAUUGAACAACGACUUCGAGCCAAGCCACCAACCCGCAACCACUUUCUUCCUCCAUAACCGAACCACCGCGCAACCCCACCGUCCCCCGAUUCCAAGGGUUUCCCUAAUCGACGACAGCUCCAUGGAACCGUCGCCUUUUCCUCCGGCCGCCCCGCUCGACGAACCAAUGGAACCCCAUCUCCCGCCGGCGGCGACCGAGCCGUAUCCUUCUUCUCCUUCUGCCGGCGUAUGGGAAUUCACCGAUCUCCUCGACUUCAACAUCGACGAUCACUUCUCUCUCGCCUUCGACGGUUCCGCGGCGUUGGAUGAUAUCCCCGAUGUGGAUCCCGACCACUUGACGCCCGAUACUCCGCCUCCCGACCGGGUCAGGAAGCGGGACCCGAGGUUGACCUGCUCCAAUUUCUUGGCCGGCAGGGUGCCCUGUGCCUGCCCGGAGCUGGACGCGCAAUUGGAGUUGGAGCGGGAGGAAGGCGUCCCGGGGAACAAGCGCCCGCGUGUCGCCAGGGGAGGAGGGCCCGGGAUGUAUCGGUGCCAGGUUCCCGGGUGCGAGGCGGAUAUCGGCGAGCUGAAAGGUUAUCACCGGCGGCAUAGGGUGUGCUUGCGGUGUGCGAAUGCGACCGCCGUUGAGCUCGAGGGGGAGACCAAGAGAUACUGUCAGCAGUGUGGGAAGUUUCACUUGCUUUCGGAUUUUGAUGAAGGCAAGCGAAGCUGUAGGAGGAAAUUAGAGCGUCACAACAAUAGGAGACGUAGAAAGCCUGGUGCUAAGGUGGGGACUAGUGUGGAUAGUUUGCAAGCUGAAGAUGCUGCUGCUGUUGCUGAUGGUGAAGCUGAAAAAGAGGGUUUAAGCUUGCAGGUUGUGGGGAAGGAAGCUCUGGUUGUGAUAGAAGAUGAACCUGUGUUUCAAUCUGAACCCCAGAAAUUGAACAGCGACAGUGGUGCUGGUUCAGCUGAAACCCAAUUGGAUGCUGGAAAUGCUGAUUCUGGUGGGAAGUAUGACUCCAAGUUGUCAGGCUCUCCUUCUUAUUUCGACAAUAGGACUGCUUACUCAUCGUUGUGUCCAACAGGUCGCAUCUCGUUCAAGCUCUAUGAUUGGAAUCCAGCAGAGUUUCCGAGAAGGCUCCGUCACCAAAUAUUCCAGUGGUUGGCUAGUAUGCCUGUUGAGUUGGAAGGAUAUAUUCGUCCUGGAUGUACAAUAUUGACUGUGUUUGUUGCAAUGCCAAAAUUCAUGUGGGCGAAGGUGCUCGAAGAUCCUCUAUCGUAUGUGCACAAUUUUGUCAUUGUUCCUGGAACAAUGCUGUACGGAAAAGGCCCUAUGAUCAUUUAUCUGAAUGAUAUGAUGUUCCGAGUAAUGAAAGGUGGAACUUCAGUGAUGCAACUCAGUAUUGGAACACAUACACCUAGGCUUCACUAUGUUCAUCCAAUGUUCUUUGAGGCUGGGAAGCCAAUGGAGUUUGUUACUUGCGGAAGCAACCUAUUCCAAUCCAAAUUUCGGUUGCUGGUGUCAUUUGAUGGGAAGUAUUUAGCAUAUGAUCACUGUGUUGGACUACCCAGCGGUAGUACAGAUGGAGCAGCGACCAGGGACCACCAGCUGUGCAAGAUUUCUAUUCCUUGUAUUGAUCCUAAUAUAUAUGGUCCCGCCUUUAUCGAGGUCGAGAAUGAAAGCGGUUUAUCGAACUUCAUUCCUGUGCUUGUUGGAGAUCAACAAAUCUGUUCUGAAAUGGAAGUAAUACGGCAGAGAAUGGAAUUAUUUGACGCAUCUCAUCCACCAACAGGUCUACUACAGUGUGAGGUUUCAGAAACCAGGCAAAGAAUACUCUCGGAGUUGAUUGUGGACAUAGCCUGGUUGUUGAAAACACCUUCCCAAGAAGAUAUUAAGCUAAAAAGGGCCUCCUUUCAGAUCCAGAAAUUUAUGUCUUUGUUGCAAUUUUUGCUGCAGCAUGAAUCAACCUUCAUUUUGGGGAAAAUCUUACCCAAUCUGAAAAUCCUGAUGGAUGAAAUAUAUGUAGAUAAUGAUGCUGAUGCUAAACUAUUACAAAAAUACGUGGAUGAUGCCCAUAGGUUUCUUCUCCAACAAGCCAACAGAAACAAAGGUUUGGUUUCGGAGUCAGAGUGUACUAUGCAGGAUCAUGGCGAUGUAACUCGAUGUAGCUCUGUGAUUGAGUUUCCAUCUGUUGCUGCAUGUUCCGAUGAGGACAUAGAGAGUAGACCAGAUAACUGGCUGCGGUUAACGAAAGGCUCAAGUCAUGAUGUUACAAGUGACAAGAUUCCGCUCCUAAAUGGAAGAGCCAUCAAGUCGUGCAGUCUCAUUCUGUCCAACCGGGUUUUGAGGUCACGACCCGGGAUGUUUGUAAUUGCUGCCAUGGCAAUGUGUCUGUUAGUAUGCGCAGUGCUGCUCCAUCCUCACAGUGUUAGCAAAAUCGCUGUCUCGAUCCGGAGCUGCUUGACUGAUAGUAGGUACUAAGAUCAGCCUAGUAGACUUUUUGUUUGUAAAUUACUCAGCCAGGUGGGGCUAAUCUGAAGCUGACAACCGGCUCCAAACAGCUCGGGAGCUUGAUUGAAAAGCCUCCUCAGUUUGACAGGCCAAAGUGAUUAUGCCAUGGAUAUGAAUGACAAAUUGAAUCAGAGGUCGAAACCUGGAAGGCAUCCUCGAAUCAGAUGAAGAAGACUGCCUGGUUUUUUUUUUUGCUCCAUGGCUAGGAAACGAAAUUCUUUGUAGGGCUUGUCUAUAUAAUUUUCGCCUACCAUCUUUGUUUGUGUUCUCUUAAUGUAGAUGUUGGCGGCCAUCAGAGGCUGUC